AUGGGACAACAUAUAGAAGCAGUUCAAGCAUGGGAAGAUGGUUUGAAACUUCUGGAAACGAGUGUAGAACGAGUAGAUGAACUUGGAGAGGAGAAAAUUAUUGAUUGGAUCAAUAUUUCACUUCAAACAGCUCAAGUUGUUCAUCGUCUAGGCACGGAUGGACCAGGAGUGUCGCACAAAUAUCAGCAUGUAUGUUAUACUCCAUCCAAAAUGACUGAAGCCGAAGAGGCAGAAUGGAAAAUAGAACAAUUUCAAAAGGCAGUAAGACAUUUUAAAGGAGUACUGGAGCGUAUUCCUGCAGGCAACAUGGAGAUAAAAAGAAAAAUUCGACUUCAAUUGGCUAGAGCUCUCUACGAUUUGAAACAAUUUGACGAAGCUAUGAAAAUCUACGAAGAUGGUUUCUCUAAUGAUGGUGAUCCUCAAUGGCUCUACAAAGCUGCUGAAUGUUUGUGGCAGCAAGAAAAAAAAGAGCAAGCCUAUACAAGACUUCAACAACUCAUUGGUACCGAUCCCACUUUUGCAGAUGCUUACGGAAUGCUUGCAACUUAUUUCACCGAAAAAAAUGAUACAACAAAUGCUGAUGAAUCGAUGUGUAAAUACAAAUUCUAUUCCUGGAUUCCAAGUUUCUGUCGGCACAUCGAAUAUAAUCCUGAAAAUCUUGCCAUAAUCGAGGAACUGAACUCUGACAAUGCAUUGGAAUGCGUCAACACGACACUAGCGAACGAUGAAUCAAGACGAUCCACAGAAUUUUUGGCAGCUAUUUGCUAUCGUCAUUAUCACGGAUCGGUAGAAAACAAAGCAUUCGAAGAACUCGAAAAACGAGCCAAAGCAUCUGAAGGUGCUGAAAGAGAUUUCAUUGGAUCUACGCUCAUGAAUCUUAUAAAAGAUCAUCAGAGUGUGUGUACAGUGAAAGGUGCAGCGAAUGCAUUAGCAGGAAUGAAGCAUGAAGAUAUAUUUGAAGUAUUGGAGUAUUUAUUGCCUCAAGACACAAAUCCUAUCUUUUCCAUGGAUAUACCAACAGCUCUUGGCAAAUUAGGUGAUCCAAAAGCAAUUCCUCUUCUUAUGAAAAUCAUCGAAAAUCCAAUGAGCCAAGCAAAUGAAGAUAGCGACUCAUCCGAUGGGAUAUUCUCGUCAGGUGGAAAAAAUCGAUUAGUCAUAGAGUCUUGCUUAGCACUUGCAACUUUUUUCAACGACGAGAAAGCAAAAGAAGUGUUAAUGAAUGGAAUCAAUAAUCAACAAACUCAUGAAGCUUGUCUUGCAGUUUUAUGUGAUAUUUUAGAAAUUGGUGCACUCAUAAAAGCUUCACGAAUUACGGAACAAGAAAUUCAACAUUGGCAUGAGGACUUUCUUAAUCAUUGUCCAUCAGGUCGAUUAGAUAAGCAAGCAUUCAUUGAAUAUUAUAAAAAAUUAUAUCCACGAGAAGAAACAAACAAAUCAAUUGAACAUAUUUUUCAUAUGAUCGAUGUAAACAAUGAUGGUACAGUUGAUUUUCAUGAAUUAUUGAUUGUUAUAGUUUUAAUCGAUCAUUUAAAUGAUUUGGAAUCACGUCUUUCAUUUGUAUUUGAUAUAUGGGAUGAUUCAGAAGAUGAACAUAUUGAUCAAAAAGAAUUGGAGAAUAUGAUAUCGGCCAUGUACGAUCGUGCUGGUAUUACUGAUCGAAAAGGUGAUCAACAUCCGAAAAAACGUGCAAAAGAGAUCAUUGCUAAACUUGAUAUUAGUGGUGAUAAAAAAUUAAGUAAAGAAGAAUUUAUUAUAGGAUGUAAAAAUGAUCUAGUUAUUCGUAAUUUAUUUGCUCCUGAUACAUAA